AAACAAAAAAUGGCAUCGAAGUGGUGAGUCAUGACUGUAUGACCAAUUGACUACCUAAUUGCAUAAAUAAUUCAAAAAAAUGAUAAUUUAAAUUUAUUCUCUUUAUACUUUUCUAUAACAUAUAUGCAUAAUUAGCCAUUUAUAUAUUAACACACGUUGUAUUAUGCAUAACUAUAUAUUAUAGAUAAUUAAUAAUGAAAAAAUAUCUCAGCUUGCGUCUCUGAAUUUCUAAUUCUCAGCUCCUUCCUUGAUUGUGCAUUUUCACUAGACGACAAACUGUUCCAUGCCACCCACAUGCAGCACCUUGUUUUUGACCAUAUUUAUACAAACUUUAAAUAAAACUAGUUAUAAUAUAAUUAAAUCAUUAUUUAAUUAUUGACGGCAGCCAUUAUAGAUUAUUCAAUGUUUGAUGUUUGACUCUUGCGUACUAUAUAUAUAUGUAACUGUCCAAUUUCAAUCAAACAUAACCACAACAUUCAGUUGAUAAAACAUACACACAGUAAAACACACUAAUUGAAGUAUCUACAUAAAUAUUAUGGAAUCGACGACGAUGAUUUUGUUAGUCUAUGUCAUCUCUCUCUCGAUUUCGAUAUUAUUCGCAUUCCUUUUCGGCCUCCACCACCACUUUUUCGGCAACAAGAACAAAUUCUCCUCCGCCGCCGCCGCCGCCACCGGUCCCCUGCCGCCGGGAAACACGGGGUGGCCCCUGGUUGGGGAGAGCCUACAUUUCCUGUGGGCGGGGUGGAAGGGCCACCCGGAGAAGUUCGUAUUGGACCGAGUGGCUAAGUACUCAUCCAGUGUUUUCAGAACUCACCUUGUGGGCGAGAAGGCAGCCGUAUUGAGCGGUGCGAGCGGCAACAAAUUCUUGUUCUCGAACGAGAACAAGCUCGUCAGGGCAUGGUUCCCAAGUGGCAUCGACAAAAUCUUCCCAUCAUCGACUCGAUCUUCUUCCGAAGAAGAGGGCAUCAAAUUGAGGAGAAUGCUCCACACUUUCUUGAAAACCGAAGCCCUUCGUCGCUACAUCGGUAAAAUGGACCGUAUGGCCCAAAAACACUUUGAAGAGGGAUGGGAGAACAAGAGCGAAGUCGUCGUCUUGCCUCUCGCAAAAGACUACACCUUCCAAUUAGCAUGCAGGCUUUUUGCGAGUGUCGAAGAUCCUCAACAGGUCGAUAGAUUAUCGAAGCCUUUCAAUCUUUUGGCGUCGAGUUUGUUUGCCAUCCCCAUUGACUUGCCCGGGACACCCUUCAAUAAGGGUAUUAAGGCCUCCAAGAUUGUCAGACAAGAGCUUCUCUCCAUCAUCAAACAACGCAAAAUCGACUUGGCCGAAGGGAAAGCUUCGCCCACCCAAGAUAUUCUAUCCCACAUGCUUCUCACCAGCGAUGAAAACGGCAAAUUCAUGCAAGAGUUUGAUAUUGCGGAUAAGAUCUUGGGCUUGUUGAUUGGAGGCCGUGAUAGUGCCAGCGUUGCUUGCACUUUUAUCGUCAAGUAUCUAGCCGAGCGGGAAUACUUACCACUAUACUACAACGACGGAGUUUACAACGAACAAAUGGAGAUUUUGAAAUCAAAAGCUCCAGGCGAUUCGCUCAACUGGGAAGACCUACAGAAGAUGAAAUACUCGUGGAACGUUGCUUGUGAAGUCAUGAGACUUGCGACACCUGUCCCUGGAACUUUUCGAGAAGCCAUUGCUGAUUUUUCAUACAAGGGUUACUCUAUUCCAAAGGGUUUCAAGCUAUACUGGAGCGCCACCGCAACACACAAAAACCCGGAAAUCUUUCCUGAACCGGAGAAGUUCGAUCCAUCGAGGUUUCAGGGAGCAGGGCCCGCACCCUACACCUUUGUUCCUUUCGGCGGGGGCCCGAGAAUGUGCCCCGGACUAGAGUACGCUAGAUUCGAGAUCCUCGUCUUCAUGCACCACCUUGUCAAGAGGUUCAAGUUUGAGAAGAUGAUUCCUAAUGAUGGUAAAUUUGUCGUCGAUCCAAUGCCGAUUCCCGCUAAGGGUCUUCCUAUUCGCCUCAUCCCUCACGAAAACUAAGCCAUAUUAAUUUCCAAAUCCAAUAUUUUUUCAAUUUUUUUAUUCAUUUCAACGGCUCUGAUAAUUUGAGCUGUUUUUGUUUCGAUUUGGUUUCUCAGAAUCUUGUACCUUUGUGAUGAAUUAUUGUGAGAUGCAACUAUUAAUCUUCUCUUUA